UGUAUGAAGACUAUUUGAUUUGAAUUUGAGUAAUAUCCAAACACAAUGAUUUGAGCAGAUCUGUGGUUAUCGUAGACGGGCGAAUGGUCCGUAGAGAUGGGAGGGCUGCGGCGCAUGUCAAGUGCGCUGCUUCUGCCCUUCGCCCUCCUGUCGCUGCCGCCGGUGUCUGCUUUCAACGCCACUGCCUACCGAGAAGAAUUGGAAUCAUCACUACGUCUAGUGCACGCUGUGGCAACUGGGGCCACGGGGGCACUGUGUGUAACCCACAGGUACGGCCGACUGCGAGCACCUUUGCACGCCGCACGCUGGGACACGACUAGAGCCAGAGCUGAUUUAGCAGCAAAUAUGUUACAUCAACUUGGCUUGGAAAACGCGGAGAUUUUGACGGCGGUAUCUCAAAGCCUAGUCAUGGGGGCGAGUGCAGUGGAACGCGCUGUGGGAGCACGAGCUAUAGUUCUGCAACCAGAUGGAAUUAUAGAGGGAUCGAUAGCUUGGGAGAGAUUUGGCACAGGUGAACCAAUUGCGGUACCCGCGCCGCCGAGGGACAACCCCCCCGAUCCUGAAUAUCCAUGGUAUGUAUCUGCUUACCAGACAGAAGAGCUUAGGUCGUCAAAGUUUAUGCCUUCGCCACCAGGGGCUGCUAUGGGAGGCUGGUGGACUUACCCGUAUUAUAGCUGCGAAUCUGAACGCUGGUUGUUGUCGUAUACAGCCCCGGUUCCAAAAAUCCGCGGGUUAAGUGGAGUUGUUUCACUGGAUAUAGACAUAUCUAAUUUAGAAAUCAAUCAGUGUGAGGCAGAGAAUGAUGAAGAAAAUGAUAAUCAAAUUUAUUCUUUUCACGGAACUCAUAAAUGUCCCAAUGAGACUACUUUUUGUAUAUAUAAACCAAACCGAGAAAUGAAUGCAAGACAUGCUGGUUGGGCAAGAGGGUCAUAUAUUUGUAAUUGCCGACCUGGAUAUUAUUCCAUACAGCAUCCAGAUGGAUACAAUGGCACUCUUGUUGAAGUUGCAUUUCAAGAGUUUGAAGAAGGUGGUUUAGAAAACUGGAGUGCACCUUAUGAAUGUUUGAAAUGCCAGCCAGGUUGUGAAACAUGUACAGGUCCAACGCCUUGUCUUGCUGAAUACAACUGGCCAUUCCGGAUAUCCCUUCUCGUGAUAUCAGUGUCGUGUGCGGGAUUGACAGUAUGCCUCACGUUCUACACAAGACACCAUCGUCGCGUCAAAGUGAUCCGAGUCGCAAGCCCUGUAUUCCUCUCAAUAACAUUACUUGGAUGUGCUAUUAUGUAUAUGGAAAUGGCAGCUAUAUUUCCAGUACUUGACAGAUAUUCUUGUAUUGCCACAAAAUGGACUCGGCAUAUGGGUUUUUGUAUUACCUACACAGCUUUACUUAUGAAAACUUGGAGGGUUUCGCUGACUUACCGAGUGAAGUCAGCACACAAAUUGAAGUUAACUGAUAAACAAUUACUACAAUGGAUGGCGCCCAUACUUCUCAUAAUGCUGGUCUAUCUCGGUACAUGGACUUUAUCAUCACCACCAGAUGCUGAAGUUAUAACUGACGAUAAAGGAUUAAAAUUCAAGCAAUGCACAUACAACUGGUGGGAUCACAGCUUAGCUAUAGGUGAAAUUCUAUUUCUAUUGUGGGGUGUUCGAGUCUGUUACAGUGUUAGACAUGCAGAGAGUCUGUACAAUGAGGCUCGCCUUAUAUCCAUAGCAAUAUACAAUAUAUUUACAGUUAAUUCAGUUAUGAUAACAUUGCAUUUAUUAAUUUUACCUCGAGCUGGCCCCGAUAUAAAAUAUCUUCUCGGCUUUGCUAGAACACAAUUAUCUACAUCAAUUACAGUCCUGUUAGUUUUUUUCCCAAAGGUAUUCCGCGUGAUCCGAGGCACGGGAGACACGUGGGAGGGCCGGGCUCAUGCGCGAGGUGUCCCAGCUUCAUCCUCUCUUAACGGUAUCGGUCUAGUGGCAGACGAGGCACCAGACUUGUACCAAGAGAAUGAGGAACUAAAGGAAGAGGUGCAAAAGCUCGCGGCACAGAUAGAGUUUAUGAAGAUAGUGCAGAUGGAGAUGCACAAUCGACAUCUGCGGCCGCGGCCCGGCAGUUACUUCAGCCAGGCCGCGCCACUCAGCCCUGUGCACGCCAACACCAACAUCCAGGAGGUGACUGAAUGGGGUGGGCCAGUGUGACUGGUAGCACUUAGCGACAGCGGCUGGUCGUGGCCGGGGCCAACCGCGCGCCGCGUCACCACCGCCGUCGACCCGCGCCAUCCAGCCUUUGUCUGACGCAUGCGCAACAUAUGUGACGUCAUGACGCAACUGACAAUGUCUCGUCACUACUGCCGACUGACACAACUGACCAUAUUUCGACGUUCAUAUAAACUAAGAAUAUUAUUUUCAGUAUUUAUUUUAUUAACACCAAUCUUAUUGUUUACAGCUCUUUUAAUAUGAUAAUAGUAUAUAGUUUAGUAAUAAUUAUCUAUUUUAAAUAGUAAAGUCAAUAUUAAAAACAUAUCCUUUGACCAUUCCGAUUUAAGUUAAAGAUGGUACAAGUAAAGAACAACAUAUAUUUGUUAUGAAGUUAUUUGAUUCGUUAGCUUUAAUACAAUUACUGUAGGUUUCUGAGAACAAUAUACCCAUUUAAAUGUGUUGUUAUCUCUGUUUUGACAGGCAUGAUAUGUUUUAUAUAGACAUUUUGAUCUCCGAAAGCAACGGUUAAGCUAUAAAGUUAAGUUAUAAAAUUAACACAAAACAAAAUUACAUUCCUUUUAAAUUAGUCAAAAGUACUAUGUUUUAUUUGUAGUCAUAUUUGCUAGUCAUAAUAUGUAAUUGUUAUAGCAUUGUACAAUGAUGUAUAGUAGAAAUAAAAAAAAUAUCUUAGUUUAGCUGCUAAGAAAAAAUUAUAAAAAAAAUAGGGACACAAUAAUGCCAGGUCAUUUUUAAACAAAUGUUAAUAACUUAGGAUUUCAAUAUUAAAUGUGUUGGUUAUGAAAUAGAUGUCAAUCAAUAAAUAAUAAUUACUUUGCUAUAUAAAAGAUCUUUUUAAAAAUUUAGAUGCAUAUGUCACCUGUUAUUAAAGUUAAAUUCAACCCGAAAUAUUACUGAAAUGUAAAUACUAAUAUUAUCUCUAAGUUAUCCUUGUAUUAAAAUUAAUCAUAGAUAUAUUAAUUAUUUUUAGAUGGAUAGUUUUAUCAAGGAGUACAAAUCGAGACACAAUAUUCGAAAUGACAUCAGUGUGAUACAAAGGUUUUUUGGAAAUCGAAAAAAUUUCCCAAAUUGGGAAAAUACAGUGGAAAUGAAAUUAAAAUAUAUUGAGAUAUUGAUUAAAAUAAUAAUUUUAAAUAAAACAUUGAAAAAAUUACCACAGAAAUGUUCUCCGGAGGACUUUUUCUUGUCUCACUUUAUUGCCAUAAAUUAGGUCUCUUUAGGUAUAUGUAUCUUACUAUUGUUAUGAUAAAUGGAUGGAUGUUUGUGUGAAGGUAUCUCCAGAAUGACUAAAUGGAUCUUGCUGAAAUAUGGCAUACAUA